AAAAUGUCUACUACUACUCUGCAAGGUGAGUUCAAAAGUCAGUCUAUUUCGUAACCGUUAAACAGACGGACGGUAUUAUUUUAGCGUCGCAUGUUUUUCCAACAACCAAAAAGUCAGAUUAGUCUUUGAAUAUUCUGCCCCAACUCAACCACAAAAAUUUUGAUAAUAAUUAAGUGGCCUGUAGAUAACUUUACUUGCGACUUGAGUAUAGCUAAAAUAUCGUUUUAAUUUUAACCUCGUCGUCGGCGGUGAAGAGUUUACCUGAUCUCUUGUGGUGCGAGUUCUUAUGGCCGGCCAGUUCUAGCAAAGAGUUUAAAAAGUAUUUUUUCAAUAAGGAUCCAAAAAAAAAAUUCUUACCACACGCUGCUACCAAUAACCAAAGAAAAAAAAAAGAAAAAAGGGAAAUUUAGUGCUGAUCCUUGUGAAUAGCUGAAAUAUUUAUUUUAUCCUGUUUGUCCUUGGAAUUGUUUCGAUAUUUUUUUCUCUCCAUCAUCGAGUUUCUGGCUUAAAAUAUAUAUAUAUUUUUUUUUGCUCCGGUGUGAGGUCCUUUUGUUGGCCAAAAAAGAAAGCAGCUAUAAUUGCAUACCUUUGGGAAAAAUUUAACAAAACCAACCCACAAACCCACUCUUCCUAUUAUAUCCUGCCCUGCCUGGCCUGAUAUCCUUCUUACAAUACAACAAAAUCUGUGUCACAGUUUUUCGUCCUUUAGUUCUUGUCGUCGUCAUCGUCGUUGUUGUCGUAUCCGUCGUCGUCGACAUCGUAUAGUCGUAGCAUUCAUUGUCGUUGUCGUAUAAGGUCUUUACUGUAUAGUGAGUGGCUUCGUCGUAAAAAGUCACUUUGUCGUUUUUGUGCUCCGGUAGUCGGGAGUGUUGGUUCCGUGUCCUUUUGUAAGGAUAUACACAAGCGGUGAGAAAGUAAGCUGGCAUUUUAUGUGGUUUAACUUACUCCAGCAUAAUAAUUUUUCUUCUUCGGUUUCGGGUUAGUUUCGUGGACGUUUGGCUGGCAGGACAAUUGCGAUAAAGUGGUAUAGUGUGCCUAUUAGAAGAAUUGUGUCCUUUUUGUAUGUUUAUACAACACCUUCUAAGAGUAUACAUGUGAGUGAAUAAGCAUUGGAAUUUUGCGUGUAUCUACCUAUAGAAUAUUAGUUCGCACACACCACCCACCACCGAUCCCUUUGAUGGCAUAUUAUGUUGUAUAGAGAUCUCCAUCUCAUGAAUUAUUUCAAGGCCCCCCAGCUAACGAACGAAGGCUUGAUUUUUCUCGUGUGUCUGUUGAUAAAGAAAAAUUCCUCCUGGAAUUAGAACUUUGUAUUAACGGCAUGCAAAAAGGCUUCAAUUAGUAGAUUAUGCUAAUUCAAUGUGUAUCCUUUCUACGAAAAACCGUGUGAAGGUCGAGUAACGAUACUUUAGAAAAAAAAACAUAAAAAGGAUGCAUGCAACUUAACCUGCAUUUGAUGUUCAAGGAUUUAAACUAAAAAACGGAACACGACGCAUAUAAAGGAAAGUGAGCUUGUGUAGAACAUGAUAUUGGCAAAGAGCAGAGCAUAAGAAUAUAAAUCAUCAGCGUAAAGGCUCAAAAGCAUAACAAAUUGUAUACAAAUUACAUCAGCAACAAAACUCCAGCUCUUCCUCUCUCAGUAUCCUUAAAAUAUAUAACUCUGUAAUCCUCUUCUCUGUAAAAGUGGUCCACUUUAUGAUUGAUACAAUCUAAGGAUUUCUCCUUCUCGAGUUGCUAUCGUCGUCGUGAGAUAGAAAAUAAAUAAAUGUGCAAACGAAACAAGUGAAAAUCUGCUAAGAUUCAAAUUGAAGGACUAUUUUUGUCCUUGUAUUUGUGUUUUGCAAGUGUAUUUGUGUAUAAUAGUAACUGAGUGCUUUCAAGUAAUAAGAAAAACUUUGGGUUACUUUUGAAACAAUAAACAGUAUUUUCAAUUUACCACCACACCAAAUACUCCGGUUCCUAUAUUUUUACUUUGCUGAAAACAAAAAUAACGCGAAAACAACACUUUCUUAAUAAUUUCAACUUUAUGGCAUAAGAAAUUAGAAAACUUCAAAGCGUAACGAAGAAACAAUAAAGAAAUACAAAAAUAUAAAAAAAGAGCCGAAGAAAUAUGUUCACACGAAGAAAUAUUCAAAAAUGUUCUCGAAAAAGUUUAUUUUAAGAAACAGGAAGUUGUGGGUUGGCGAAAAUCCCUCCUUUGAAAAGCAAACAUUUAAAUUCCAAUCAUGAAUACCGGUGAAUGAUUUACUCGAGCGCAACGAACAACGCGAGUUUUGUAUUUAGAAAAAUUGCCCUUUUUUCGUUGGUUUAUACAAAAUAUAGCCCUUACUUUUUUCACACGACCAUCUUUGGUGUUAUGGAAAAUGUUUCCUUGUGUUAAUUCUUCACUGUUUGUUAUAUUUCAUGCCCUAGAAGUAACUUAAAAAAAAUAUAAACGAAACCAUUAUUGGCUAAAACGUAAAUGAGCAUUUAAAAAGUUUUUUUUUCAUCCCUUACCGCCAGAGGGUAUUUUGAACACCCAUGUAUCCUAUUUUUCUAUAAAAAAAAAGAUAACUUUUACUUACACCAUCAAAGCAAGAAAAUAUAAAUAAAACCCCAAUAAACAAUCAUCCACCCACGGGCAAUAUAACAACAAAUCCAAAAUAUUCCACAUACGCCUAGGUGACCCACAUAUAGCCUACAGGGGUAUUUCUUUAAAUUGUGAUUUCGAUGAAGUUAUUUUCCAAAAUAAUUUUUCUAUAUAAAGGGAAAUAGAAUCGAAAAAUGUUUUCACAUUUUGUUGCUAUUCCAUUGAACCCACAUGUGACACAAAAGAGUAUAACACAAUUGAGCAACAAAUAGAAACUGAUCGCAGAGAAUAACACAUCAACGCACAAAUGUAACAAGCAAAAGGGCGGAAAUUUAAAUAUAUAUACACAUAUGUAUGUGUACAAAAAAAAUAAUAUAAAAUUCCAAAUAACUUGAAUAAAAGGUGCAAAAGUCAAAAGCGAGGUGGUCUCUAAAAUAUAAUAAAAAAAAGCAAAACAAGAACAAAAAAAAAACAAAGGAAGUAUCGAACUAAAUCGUCCUCGUUUCGAGACGGAAAUACUAAAUGCAUGGCACGUAAUCAAAACGAUAGAUCCAACGCAUAAAAGGGUUCGUUUUUUUUCCUCAGCUUUUAGGAAAAUAUAAUUCAAAAUACACUCUCAAAGAUAUUUUUAAAAAUAUAUAAAAAAAACAACACACAAACAAAAAAAAAUAGAAAAAUGAGAAACUCUAUUCAGUUUACAUCGACGAGAACGUCUUUGUCUUCAUAUUCAUCGUCGUCGUCUUCGUCGUCAUCAUCGUCCUUGGGAACAGUGGGGAGCAAUUUUAUAUCAAAAGCGGUAAAUCUUUUGUACACGGGAUUUCUACUUAUGCUCUUACUUAUGGAAAAUACACACGCCAGAAUUGGAUAUUUUUGGCACAUAACAGACCUGCAUUUGGAUACCAUUUAUUCAACACAAGGAGAUGUUCUUCGAAGUUGUUGGCGGAUGGACCGACAAACGAGUUCAUCGGGUCGAACACCGGGUCGUUUUGGUGAUUACCUUUGCGAUAGCCCAUGGAGCCUAAUCGAGUCAGCGGCUCUUGCAAUGAAAUCAAGACAAGGUGACAACGUUGAAUUCGUCCUGUGGACGGGUGAUGGCUUAUCACAUUCAGCGCAUCCAAUGUUUGAAACAAAAAAAUUGGAAAUCCUGCGAAAUAUAACCGAUUUACUGGGGCGAACAUUUCCAUCACAAUUCGUAUUUCCUGUGCUGGGACAUGAGGAUGGCACAAAUACAAACUUUCGUCGGAUGGGUGAACUCUGGAGACACUGGUUGCCAUCAGAGGCAUUACAUACAUUUGAAAAAGGUGGCUACUAUUCAAUUGAACAAACAAAAAGUCGUCUAAGGAUAAUCGCCUUGAAUACAAAUUUCAUGCGACAUGACCCGAAAUAUUCACAGAGCCACUUGGCUGCAGUUAGGCAAAGACAACCGAAUGGCGGCAGCAAUGGUGGCUCCAACAACGGUGGCAGUAUGGAUUCAACGGAAUACAAAAACUUUUACUAUCACCACGGCGGAGUGCAUCAGCAUCAUUACCAUAGUGAUGGCAGCAGCGGUUAUGGUACAUCACAUCACCAUAUGUCCCGUGGCAGUCAGGGCGGGAGCAAUAGUGGCAUUGGGGCUGUGGGUGGCAUGGUCGUAGAUGGUGGUGGACGUGUUAGUGCUCUAUCGGAAUAUGAAAAUCAGGAUACGGAAAAACAAUGGAUUUGGCUGGAGGAUGUCCUAACGAAAUCAAAGAAUAACAAGGAAACGGUGUAUAUUGUUGGACACAUACCGCCCGGAUCGGAUGAAAGGCACGUUGGAAGCCAACAAAAUGGACACACAACCUUCACCGAGAGCAACAAUAUGCGAUAUCUGGAGCUCAUUCGCAAGUAUUCAUCAAUUAUUCAGGGUCAGUUUUUUGGACAUUUGCAUUCGGAUUCGUUUAGGAUUAUCUACGAUGAUAAAGGAAAGCCAGUGUCAUGGAUGAUGAUUUCGCCAUCUGUUACACCGAGGAAAAUGAGCGUCGGAUCCAAUAAUCCAGCAAUGCGGUUAUACAAGUUCGAUACGGAUUCGGGCCAGGUUUUGGAUUAUACACAAUAUUUUCUGGACCUGUCUUUGGCGAAUACAUUGGGCGAACCCAACUGGCAACCGGAAUACAAUUUGACACAUUACUAUGGAUUGAAUGAUAUAUCAGCAAUUUCACUGCACAAUUUCGUAGAUCGAUUUACAAGCAAUGAUGGAUCAUGGUUUCCAAAAUAUUACCGAGCAAACACAGUACGAUACCAAACAGAUCCUUGUGAGGGUAUUUGCAUGUUAAAUCACUAUUGCGCAAUAACUCGUGUUGAUUACAAGGAAUUCCGACAAUGCCUGGAGAAGGAACAAAGCGCAUUACGUUCCCAUUCGCCUGCCAUGCAAUCUUGUUCGUUUUUAAUACUACUGCUCUCGUUGGCUUUAUCCUGCAAUGCUGCAAUGCAAAUUCUACCCAAGCACAUCCAUCAUUGGAUGCAUACAACGUCUGUGGCCAUUGUUUUAGCAUUGCGUACAAUUUUAUUUCGAAUUCUUCCUGGAUUACAAAGACCUGGUCAAUACCGUCACUAUUCAUUAAAAAUGGCGCCCAACACAACCACCUCUCUAUCAUUAUCAUCAUCAUCAUCGCCGUUGUUGUCGUCGUUGUCGUCAUCAUCAUCAUCGAAACAGGACACACUCCUUCAGUUCCAAAUUCAAAUGAAUGGCGAAGGUGAUAGCGGACAUCAUAUGUUCAAAUUGAUUGGUGGUUACUCCUGUGUAAGCACAAAAACCAUCAACACUGGUGGCUUUUGCAGUGCCCAACUCAGCAGGGAAUUGAAGUCGACGCUCAACUAUAACAACAAGAAAAACAACAAUGACGACGAUAGCGACAACAACAACAACAACAACGACAAUGACCAUAACCGCAUCCUAACUAAACCACCGCCAUCAACAGCAGUCAUACGAUGGCUUCAAUGUGGAAUCACCUGCGUGUGGUACAUCUGGUCGUCCUUGAUGCUGCUGCUACUAGCCCGGGCUAGUAUCCUUGCUGGUGCAAUUCGAAUGCACAAACAAUGCGUUUUCAAUUGCCAAAAAUUGUAUUUAACUUUAGUCGAAUUAGUUAGAUGUAAUUGCAUUGAAAUUUACUUAGGAAUAGUUAAGUGUUGUCAAAGGAUAUCGGUGUGCUUGCGGCUUAUGAAACUGAACCUUAACUUAGCAUGUGAAUCAGCACAAAAAAAGGUAACGGCAAUAGUGUUGUCAUUAGUUUAAGAUUGGGAACCAAUAUAUAAAACAUAUGUAUGAUUAUUCUGUAUUUUGAUAUUAAGUUUAGAUACCUUAAAAUUUAUUAAUUAAAUAUUUUUAAUUUCAUUCUUUUGAUUUUAUUGAUAAAUUUUUAUUCAAAAUUCCAUUAAAAUAGAAAAUUAAGACCUAAUAUUAUAUAAAUAUAAAAUGUAUGUAUAGAUAAAGAAUUGGCUGAGUGAGUGAUUGAUGGUUAUCUUAUCAUCCACACGAUCAAUUUAUAUUUGAUGGGCUUCUAUUAAUAAUCAAUAUAAUUUAAUUAAAAAUACACAAAUAUUGAACAUUGAUAGAAUCAAGUCACAUAAAAAUUGGUCGUGUGAAUGGUUGGAAAGGAAAGAACGGAGGAAGACUUCAAAAAUAAACGAAAAAAAAGAUGAAGAGUAUCUGUGUUAUACAUUAAAUAGGUAUCUUAAGUGCAGUUGUGGGAAAUACAAAUCAACAUUAAAAGAACUUGUAACAAAAAUAACGUAAAUUUU